AUGCUGGACAAGGAAUGGAUGCAUCUUUGCAGACUUGAUCCUGCUUAUGAGAGAGGUGCAUGGAAUUUUGUUCGGGCUGCGGGUGCAGAUAAUGAUGACAAUCAUUUGAUAAUUUGCCCUUGCAAAGAUUGUCGCAAUGUAGAUCGUCACUUAUGGGUUGAUAUUGUUGAUCAUCUAGUAACCAGGGGUAUGGAUGAGGUCUACAAGUGCCGUAAGGAUUGGUACCAUCACGGAGAAGUUUACUCAGUUUCUGAAUGUGAUAGCAAAGUAAAUCAGUGUAAUGAAGAGAUUGAUGGGUUGUACAGAGCUGUUGAGUAUUUAGAUAAGGAGUUGGCUGGGUUGGAUGAGUUCUCUGAAAUUGUAGAGGGAGAGGACAAGAAAGAAGAUGCGUUCCUGGCAAAGAGCUUCAAUGAGCUACUUGAGACACUGCCAGAGAUGUUACCUGAUGACAACGUGCUACAUACAUCAUUGUACGAUGUGAAGAAAUUUUUGAAGUCUUUUGAUAUGGGUUAUCAAAAGAUACAUGCUUGUAUCAAUGAUUGCUGCCUAUUCAGAAAGAAGUUGAAGAAGCUUGAUAGGUGUCCACAUUGCAAUGCUUCAAGGUUUAAGAGGAUGUUUAGGUCUGAGGAAAUGGCCAAAACCUUAAGGUGGCAUUCUACUAACAAGAGCAAGGAUGGAAAACUCAGACACCCUGUAGACUCUGUCACUUGGGAUCAAAUGAGUGACAAAUAUCCUCUAUUUGCUGCUGAGGAAAGGAACUUGCAGAUUGGGUUCUCCACAGAUGGGUUUAAUCCGUUUAACAUGAAGAAUAGUCAGUAUAGUUGUUGGCCUGUCUUGUUGGUAAACUACAAUCUGCCUCCACACCUAUGUAUGAAGAAGGAGAAUAUUAUGCUCAUCUUGCUCAUUCCUGGUCCACAUCAGCCUGGUAACAGUAUUGACGUCUAUUUAGAACCCCUUAUAGUGGAUCUAAACUAUUUGUGGAACAAAGGAGAACCAACAUAUGAUGCAUUUGGUAGAUCUGUGUUUACGCUAAAAGCAAUGCUUCUGUGGACCAUUAGUGAUUUUCCUACCUAUGGGAAUCUUGCUGGAUGCAAAGUGAAGGGAAAAAUGGGUUGUCCCUUGUGCGGUAAACACACAGACAGUAUGUGGCUUAAGUUUGGCAGGAAGCAUGUUUACAUGCGUUAUAGAAAGGGUCUUCCACCAGCAUAUAGGUAUCGGGUUAAAAAAGCUUGGUUUGAUGGACACGCAGAACAUGGGAGAAAGUCUAGGAUUUUAUCUGGUCAAGAUAUUUCCCAUAUCUUGAGAAACUACAAAAAUAGUUUCGGGAAUUUUAAAGAAUCUGCGAGAAAGAGAAAAAGAACUCCAUGUGUUGAAGAAGAACAUGACAGUGAGGGUUUAUCUAGUGACUCUAAGGAAGAUGAAGAAGAGAAUGUAGACGAAGAGGAGUUGUCCAGAUUGAAGAAAAGGUCAAUAUUCUUCAAUCUACCGUAUUGGAAGGAACUGCCUAUAAGGCACAAUUUGGAUGUCAUGCAUAUUGAGCGAAACGUGGCUGCUAGUAUUGUCUCAACAUUAUUGCAUUGUGGGAAAUCAAAGGAUGGUUUACAUACUCGUAAAGAUCUAUAUUUUCCACCAAACUUCUUUGAUAUCAUGGUUCAUUUGGUCAUACAUCUCGGAAGGGAGGCUAGACUAGGUGGUCCAGUUCAGUUUCGUUGGAUGUACCCUUUUGAGAGAAACCCAACAAGACCAGAGGGUUGUAUCGCUGAGUCCUAUAUAGCUGAAGAAUGUGUGAGGUUCUGUAGUGAUUUUCUUAAGAAGACAAUAAGUGUAGAAGAAAAACAAGAUAGGAAUACUGAGUAUGACAGCAACUCUAUCAUGGAGGGGCGUCCAAUAUCAACAGCCACAUCAUUUACUCUAUCUGAUAUGGAGAAGAAAAUAGCACAUCUUGCUGUCAUUCAAAAUUCGGCUGUCGUGGACACAUAUGUCGAAUACCUAUUGACUCAUAACACCAUGACGAAAGACUCAAAUGGUUGGCAUAUGGUCCCCAGACAAGUGCUAGGUCAUAUACAGGCUAAGCAAGUAUUUUACUCAAAGGAGAGUGAUGAAUCAGGUUGGUCUGUUGUCUUGAGAGGUCCUUCACGGAGAUACAGUGAGGAAGAGGAAGAAGAUGGGGACGCGCAUAUUGGACCAUUGCCAUCAACUAUUCAAAUGGAUGUUCAGUUAGAUGAAGAAGAAUAUUCUCAAAAUGCUCAGCCUGAAUGUGAUGGCAUAUAUGUGUGA